AUGGCUACUAAUAUGAUUGCAAAAAUAUCAGUAGGUAUAAAACGAGAUAAUAUGCCUUUACUUGAUUUACCAUUUGAUGAUUCACAAUGCAAUGGAAGUAGAACAUCAUCAUCAACAGUUCAAUUCGAACAACCACCAUUAAUAACAACAUCAAAUGGAACUUGUUCACAUGAUAAUGGUACACAUUUACGUGCAAAAUUACGAUUUUUUUUAAUGUCACCAUGUUGGAAAUGGCAUUUAAAACGACAAUGUCCAUGGAAAGCAUGGUUUCAAUUUAUUAAAAUUAUUAUUCUUACUACACAGUUAAUCCUUUUUGGUAUUGAAAGACAAUCACAUGUUGUAUUUAUUUCUGAAAGUAAUAUAACAUUUCAUCAUUUAUUUAUUCGUGGUUGGAGUUCAGCGGAUGAAACAUUACCAUAUCCAAGAGCAUCAGGAGAUUUUGCUGUUUAUACUAAUCAAGAUUUUAUUGAUUCAAUUAAUUAUGCUGUACAUCGAUUUAAUAAUUUAACAAAUAUAUCACUGGGUUUAUUUGAUUAUCAUGAGCAUGCAACACAAAAAUCAUAUAGUUCUGAUUCAGAAUCACGUGAACGUUACAUUAAUUUAUGUUUGGAUCGUUUUAAAACAUGUCGAAUUGAUCCAACUUCACAUACCUAUAUAUUAGAUUCUGAAACAGAAAAUAAUUGUUCCACAUUAAAUGCAACAAACAAUUUUAAGAUUGAAGAAUAUUUAUUAAACGUACAUAAUGAAACCGUAAAUUAUUGUGGACUUAAUUCAUUAACACUUGAAUUUGCUAUACAUGCUAUUCAACUUAAAAAUCAAAAACUGUUUAGUUUACCUGAUUGUUAUCAUUUUUCAGUUAAAAUAACAUUUGAUAAUAAUGCUCGAACAGGAAAAAUUCGUCAACAUCUUAAUUCUCAAGCACAAUUUCGUACAUGUAAUCGAAAAUUAAUACAUCAAUAUUCAGAUUUCACAUUGACACGACGUAAUUUAUUGAUUGUUUUGGAUUGUGUGGUUUUAUUGAUAACUAUUAUCUCAUUUAUUCUUUGUAUACGAUCAUUAUGGUUUGGACAUCGUUUAUGUAGAGAAGUUUGUUUAUAUUAUUCUAUAGAACGAACUAGCGAAAAGCCGUUAACUUGGAGUGAAUUACAAAUUUUUUAUUCAUAUUGGUAUUUUCUUAUGAUAAUAACAGAUUUAAUGGUUAUACCAGGAACUAUUAUUAAAAUUGGAAUUUUAUUUAAAGUGACGGAUGACUAUAAUGCAGCUGGUUUAUUACUCGGUCUAAGUAGUCUAUUGUCUUGGAUUGGUAUUCUACGUUAUUUAUCUUUCUUUCGUAAAUACAAUCUUUUAUUUGUAACAAUUUCAACAUCAUUACCAUUAAUUCUUCGUUUUCUUUUAUGUGCUCUUAUUAUUUAUUGUGGAUAUAUGUUUUGUGGAUGGAUUGUAUUGGGUCCUUAUCAUACAAAAUUUCGAACAAUAUCAACAACAUUUGAAACGUUAUUUGGAUUAAUUAAUGGUGAUGACAUGUAUUCAACAUAUGCUAAUUUAGAAACUGAGUCAAUUUAUAUAUGGGUGUUUUCAGAAAUAUAUUUAUAUUCAUUUAUUUGUUUAUUUAUUUAUGUUGUAUCAAGUUUAGUUAUUGCAUUAAUUAUUGAUGGUUAUGAUACAGUUAAGAGAUAUUAUAUAGAUGGAUUUCCGAAAAGUCGUUUACAACAAUUCAGUGAAGAAAAUGCUCCUCAGUGGUCAGGUUUAAAUAAUUGGCAAGAUUUAACAACAGCAAUUGGAGCACGAUCAGUUUGUUUUCCAUGUUGUUCCAAAACUCCGCAAAAUCUUACAGAUAUGAUAACAGCAGAUGCACAUCUUAUGCAAAAUGUUAAUACAUUUUCUUAA